UAUAAAAUUAUAUAUAUUAAAAAUAUAGUCAUGAAUCGAGUUACACUAGAAUGUAAUGAAAAUUAUAAAACCAGACUCAUAAUGCAAAAAGAACUUUCAAAAAUAAACAGCGAUUACCAAAAUUUACACUUAGUAGGUAUAACUACAUCCAAUUUCAAAUCAUUAUCUUAUUAUACAGUUGUACAAUACACAAUAAUCGAACUAAAAACCAUUUUUAAAAUAACAAUAGAAAAAAAUAAUAAAAUAUCAUACGCUUAAUAAAAGUUUCUCAAAUAUUAGUUUAAAUCACUAUUAACAUAAAUCAAAGGCAUUUUUAUUAAAAGCUGUAUUCCUACGUAAAACCUCCGUGUUGUAGAAUAUUUUUGACUCUAUGGCAGGUAAAAUUUUAAAAUUACAAUAAAACGGUCAUUAUAUGUUUUAACGGUUUUUUUUUGUGAGUGACAAUUUUAUUUUUCAAAGCAUACGUUUUCAUUCUUUUUUAUAAAUUAUGUCUGGAAAUAAAUGUGAAUACUUGAACUGCGGAAAAAAUAAAAGACUUAAUAGUGAUCUUAAAUUCCAUAUUUUUCCGAAAAAUGAGAAUUUAUGUAAAAAAUGGAUCUUACAUUCAGGAAACAUUAAGUUGGACGAUUUAAGUCCAAAAACACUGAGGAAAAAAUUUAUUUGUGAAAAUCAUUUUGAAAAUGAUAUGUACAUGUGUAUGAAAAGACAGCGUCUUAUACCUUCGGCUGUACCAAAAUUAUAUCAUAAUAUUGAAGAAUUUGAAAGUAAUAAUGAACACCAAUUGGAUUCAACACAGACUGAAACACAUUUAAAAAGUUCUAAGAGGAAGCUGUUGUUUGAUGAAGAUUUAUCAUUAACAGUUGAUGACAAUAAUACCAACAUGCUACACUAUUCAAACAUUGUAUCCACAUCAGGCACAUUCAUAGUUACUCCUGACAAAAUUAAAGUGCUAACACCAACUAAAAAAUAUACAAAUUUAAAAUCUAUAUCAUCACCACAAUUAAUAUUUCCUAGUCCUAACAGUAUUUCAUCCGAUUCAUCAAGAACAAAACAAUGGGUACAAGAACUGUGUCAAUUACCAUCCCCAACAAUAACAAAAAGAGUAAAACUUAAUAAUGAACAAUUAAUUAAUAUUUGUAAAAGGCAGAAAAAAAUAAUAAAUCGAAAAAGAGCAAUUAUAAGCCGUUUAAAAAAACAAAAUGUUAAAAAAAUACUAAUGAAACAAAAAUCUAAUAUAAAAAAUUUAAUUCACAACACAAAAUUUAAAUCACAAAACUCAAAAGCAAUAGUCACCAUGCAAAUACAACAUAAAAGUAGGAAGCCAUGGACACCUGAAGAAAAAAAAAUAGCAUUUUCCAUUUAUUAUAAAUCUCCAUCAACCUAUAAAUACAUGCGUAGGAAUAAAAUAACCCUACCUGGUGAAAGUACUAUGCGACGUUGGUUGCAAAGCAUUAAUUAUUAUCCUGGUUUCCCAAUUGAGUACAUUCAACAAGUGAAGUAUAAAGUUUCAUCAAUGAAUUACCACCAAAAAAAAUCAUCAAUUCGUACAUGUAUCGCUACUGGAGAAUUAACAUCAGACACAGCAGAAGAUACAGCUGAAUUUGUCAUGCAAAUCAAUAACACUUUUGAUAUUUUAAACAGUAAAACUUUAUAUGACAAAAAUCCAAACUCUCGGCCAUUAAGAAUUGUUUGGUCCAUCAACUCCAUUUUAGAACUAUAUAAAAUUGAAAAAUCCGAUGUUUUAAAUAAAUGUGAUUCAGAAAAACCGUAUUUCCUAUUAACUAACCGUUUGUGCCAGGACCCACUAGAAAAUCUAUUUUCUAUAAUGCGUCAAAAAAUGGAGUUGUGCAACUGUGAAGAUGACAAUGAUGUUUUCCUUACAGUUGAUGUUCUAUCCGACGUUGCCAAUAAUGAAAGAACAACUAUUGAACAAAAAGAACAAGUAUUAGAUGAAUUAGAAAAUUCACCAAGGAGUUCAAAUUCAGAUUUGUCUUUAUAUAUGUAUGCUCCAGAAGAAAUAACCACAUUAGAAACUUGUUCAAUUAGGUGUUGUUCAUGGAGGUUUGAAGACACCUAA